AAGCCCAGACUCUCCAUCAUCCGUCGGAGGAAAUUCCGGGAGUAAUUUGUUUUUUUGGAAUUUUCAUUCACAGAAUUUCUUGAACCACCACGAGACUCCUUCCUCCCCACCUUCCCUUCUUCCGUCCUUAGAUCUCUCUCCAGAAACAAGAAAAAAAGGGUCUAAUCUUCAAACCUUCAAAGCAGAGAAGUCACUUCUGAGAAUCACUAUAGAUUUCUUCCUUCUCUUGAACACAAAAAAGCUGUUAAUUGAAGGCCGUGGGUCAGCAAUGGCGGGUGAUAUUGAGGAGCCUUUUAGGCUUAAUUUUCAUUCAGAUUGUCUUCCACUUCGGUCUGGUUCGAUCUCAUUUGGACGGUUUGAGAACGAAGAUUUGUGUUGGGAGAGAAGGUCCUCUUUUUCCCAUAACAGGUACAUUGAAGAGGCUGAGAAAUUCUCAAAGCCGGGGUCCGUUACCGAGAAGAAGGCGAUACUCGAGGCCCAUUUCAAGCGGCGGGCAGGACUUUUUAGCCAGAGCUCUUCGGAGACUCAUAGUGGGGAGAUCGAGUUCCAGACUAGUGGAAAUGCCAAUGAAGCAGGACGUUUUGGAGCGAACGAUAGUGGAGGGUAUGAUGGGGAUUUUGAACAUUUCAAUGUGGAGUGUAGCUAUUCCCCACAUAGUCACGAAGAAAACCCUGAAUCGGCGGGACCUGGAAAUGAAGAUCGUGGUUUUUAUUACGAUGGUGAUGAUUAUUAUGAAAGAAAUCGUUGUAGACCGGAUGUUGAUGACCAUGACGAUAAUCUUGCCAUUGUUCGUGACCAUUUUCAUGAAGAAGAAGAGGAUUGUUGUCAAGUCAAUGGAACAGUAUCAGUCAACAUCGAUGAAUCUCGGGGUGAAAACGCGACAAAAAAUACAGUUGUUCCUACACAACAAACUUCUUCUCCAAAGGCAAAAUCUAGAGCCUCUAAAACUGCUAAUAAGGUAAGUACAACCACUCCAAUAGUAGGCAUCGCGGACAUUCCUCGGAAGCCUAGGGGGAAGUGUGACAAUUUAGUGAGGCAGAAACCGGUUCCGGAAGCUUCGACGACAUCAAAAUUUGAGGUUCCAUCUAGUUCAAAAUGUAAAAUGCAUUGCGAAAGUAAAAGCACUGAAAGGGAAAGGAGGAUAAAGGAAAAGGCUGCCCACAAAGGGUAUCAAAGUCCAAGCAGGUCCAAGUGUGGUGAAAAUAGUAAAACUUCGCCGAGCACGAAGCGAAGUUCUUUUUCUUUUAGUUUCAAGAGUGAGGAACGCGCGGAGAAGAGGAAGGAGUUCUCAAUAAAGCUAGAGGAGAAAAUGCACGCGAAGGAAGCUGAAAUGCAUCAGCUCCAAGCAAGAAAGCAGGAAAAAUCAGAAGCUGAGAUAAGAAGGCUGAGAAGAAGCCUAAAUUUCAAAGCAACUCCCCUGCCUUCUUUUUACCUAGAAGAUGGACAACAAUCAAAUAUGAAUAAGAAGAACUUGGGGAAUAAACCAAAACCGGCUAAGCCUCCUCCUCCAAGCAAGCAUUCGUACCCAAACACGUCUUCUUCCUCUUCUUCGGGAGUGACAAUUGCCAACAUUUCACCACCAACCGAAAGCGUGUCCUCUCCACAAGUCUGCAAAGGUAAUAAUAGCAACAAGAAAAUCUCUAAUGCCAAACUUGGGAGAAAGGGUACCGAGCGAAGGACGGUCCACAUGGGGAGUAACCCGAGAAUGGAUCGACUCGCAGUCGGCAUCGUUGCCUCGUAACUCAAUGUGGGCCAUGUUUGCACCCCCUUUUUUCUUGACAAGAAGGAAAUGUCAUGAAAUUGCUUCUUACAUUUUGUGCACAUAUAUGUAAUUAAAUGUAGUUUGGUAGGCUGUAUUUUGAACAUUGGUUUUGUAAUAUUGUGGAAGUAUGAAGAGUAAUGAUGCUAUAUGUGACUGUUACAAGAAACCCAAAAGCUAUAAGAAAUAAACAGUCCUUUC